AUGGCUACCAAAAAGUUAAAGAACCGCCGAGGCGCGAAAUCGAAAGGAGGAAAUCAUACCCUUAAAAUCCUGCUGUUGGCUGGCAUUUGCAUCAUUAUGGGGGUCAUGUUCACACUAAUGGGUGGUCUUCGUGAAGCUCUGAAUCGUCAAGCCCUGCAUCGGCAAGGUAUGGUACAAGAACAGCUCGAUGCCAAUAAUAAUCCUGGGCUCCGAAAAGAUUCGGUUCAUGGAGAAAUGAUGCAUGCCUUGACGAAACCGCCACCCAAACAGGACAUUGAAUCGCAGUUGCGUCGAAAUCACGAGCAGUCAUUAAUCGAACAAGCGCAAGAACGACAACGACGCAUUUUAGAAGAUCACGAGCAACGUUUACAGGAUCGGGUCAUGAUGGCAGCCGGAGGGGCGGCGCAUGAUUUAGUCCAACGAAGAGGCAGAGGCGAAUUACUUCGUCACCAUGAGGAUGCACAGCAACCAAUUCCCAAGGCGCAAAUGCCGCCACCCGAACAGUUAGGAGGGCCUUACCCGUACCCGCUAGAUCCACCACCGGCUGGUUAUGAUAUUCACAGAGAUUACGAGCCCAAGGGUGGUUUUCGGUUUGGCGAAUAUGCCCAAGGAGAUGCGCCCUAUAAAAUUACAGAUGAAAUUCGACAAAAAUCAGAUGCCCUGGCCAGAGUCCGUCGUGAAUACGUCAAAAAUAUGAUGACAACAGCCUGGAAGGGAUAUGUUGAUCAUGCCUUUGGAAUGGACGAAAUCAAGCCGGCCUCUGGGACAGGUGAUAAUGGUUGGGGUGGAUUUGGAGUCACUCUCGUUGAUACACUGGAUACUCUCUGGUUGACAGGAAUGAAGGACGAAUUUUGGCAGGCAAGGGACUGGGUGAGAGAUCAUUUGGUGCAUGACAAGCCACAUCAAGUUUCUGUAUUUGAAACCACCAUUCGUUCCUUAGGUGGACUGCUCAGUGCCUAUGAUUGGUCUGGUGACAAAGUAUUUUUAAAUUCUGCCCUUGAUUUGGGAAAGAGGUUGGCUGGAGCAUUUGAAGGAAGCACAACUGGGAUUCCCUAUGGACAAGUCAAUUUGGCAACUGGUCACCAUGCCAACAUUGCAUGGGCUCGAGGGAAUACCAUUUUGUCAGAAUUUGGUUCCAUGCAACUGGAGUACCGCAUGCUCGAUCAGUGUCUGAAAACAGAUGAAACGGGGUCCAUGAGGCACAAAACAGAACAUGUCUUUGAGCUGAUGCAUCAGAUAUCCCCUCCCAAUGGAUUGUUCCCCUACUACGUCUCCAACAAUGAUCCCAAUGGACUUCCUUCCUUUAGGAAUGAUCACCUGACAUUUGGUGCCAUGGCUGAUUCGUUUUAUGAGUACAUGCUCAAAGUUUGGAUUCAGGGCGGCAAGGUGGAACCAAUGUACAGAGCAAUGUAUGAUAAGGCCAUGCAAGGAAUGCAUGAUGAACUGGUGAAGCGAUCAGAUCCAUCAGGUCUCCUGUUCAUUGCAGAUAAGAUGAAUGGCAACCGGUAUGAUGACAAAAUGGAUCACCUUGUUUGUUUCAUGGGUGGUCUCCUGGCACUAGGAGCAUACACAGAUCCCCUUGGGCUGGAUUCUCCACGGGCGCAGCGAGAUCUGAAGUCUGGUAGGGCAUUAACAUACACCUGCUACCAAAUGUAUGCUCGAAUGGAGACAGGAAUUUCAGCAGAGUUUGUUCAGUUCUAUCCUGGACAGGAUUUCAAAAUUGGCCAUGGCGCUCCCCAUUACUUGCUUCGUCCUGAAACUGUUGAGUCUUUCUUCAUCUUGAGUCAACUCACUGGUGAUCCUGUUUAUCGGGAGUGGGGAUGGGAAGUCUUUCAGUCUAUUGAAAAGUACUGUAGAACUGGUGUGGGAUAUGGCACUUUGAGCACUGUCCAGAGCAAAACAGGAAAACCCCGGGACAAGAUGGAGACUUUCUUUUUGGCAGAAACAGUGAAGUACAUGUACCUGCUACAAGAUCCAGACACUGAAGUAGAUGUGCUGCACAAGCAUGUUUUCAAUACUGAAGCACACCCCAUGAGAGUAUUCAAUGUUAUGGAUCCUGCGGCGUUCCAAUAG